AUGUCAUCCUCCUCCGUUCUCGACCUCUUGGUCCUGACCUUUAACUGCGGCAAGAGCCUCGUCGAUGCCCCCGUCUUUGCCCACCACUUGCAGACCGCCCUCUCCCAGAAUGCCUCGGGCCUGCCCGACCUCGUUGUCCUCUCCCUACAGGAAAUCGCCCCGCUAAGUUACUGCUUCAUCGGCGGCUACUUCUUGAAUCCCUACCUCACACGCUUCGAAGAGGCUGUCAACAUCGCCGCCCAGAAUCAUGGCGACGCCCACCCCGCCCAGGGCGACUCCCUGACGCAGCCCGCGGGCCCAGCGAGGCCGUACACCCUCGUGCGAGCCAACAAUGUCGGCUACACUGGCAUAAUGCUAUUUGCACGCGACCCCUCGAGGUUGCAGGACAUCCAGGAGGCCGAGGUUGGGUUCGGUGCCGCCGAGAUGGGAAACAAGGGCGCCGUCGGCUUGCGGAUGCUAUAUGAAGGCGGGAGCGGGGAGUCGACCGAGGUCACCUUUGUAUCGACACACCUCGCUGCCAUGGAAUGGAAUCUGCCGAGGCGCAAUGCUAAUUGGGCAGCUAUCAUGCGAGGAAUGGCUUUUGAGAAUCCAGAGGCCGUGGUGGCCAACUUCCGAGCCUCCUCCACACCGUCCACGCCGUCCGUUGACGAGACGGACGAGCAAGUAGGCCUGCUCCACGAUGAGCAUGACGCCCAACAAUCACGCCUCCAGCAGCAGCUACACAACAUUUCCGUCUUCCGGCCAUCGUCCAAUCUCUUCGUCUCUGGCGACCUCAACUACCGCAUCUCCACCACUUCCCCGCCUCCUGCAGCAGCUUUCCCCAGCCUCGACCCGGAGUCGGUGCAUUACUAUCCGGAAUUCUUCCGUCUCGAUCAGCUCACCCGCGAGCGCAAGGCUGGCCGUACCCUACAUGGCCUGGAAGAACAUGAGGUGCGCUUCCCGCCCACGUACAAGUACGAUGUGCUACCCCCCAAGGCUGGCGCCGACGAAGGCCUGGAGCUUGACGUGCCGUGGAAGUUUGCGACCCAUCGGUAUCCCAGCUGGACCGACCGUAUUCUGUUCCUAGAUAUCCCGUUCUGGGCCAAGGGCAAAUCCACUGCCAACGGUGGUGGUGAGUCUCAGGAGCCCAACCUGAAAGUCCGCGCCUACGAUGCUCUGCCCCUUCUCCGCAGUAGCGACCACCGCCCGGUCUUCCUGCGGGUGGAAGUGCCUCUCAUCGCCCCGAAGGACCUCGCUCCGCCGCUUAACCUCGCAGAGGUAAAUAGAGCUGCGGUGGCCGACCCGCGUGUCCGUCUGCCCGUCGAGAUUGACCCGGAGGCCUGGGAACGCCGUGCCGCGGCCCGCCGCAAGGAGGUCAUGGCAGGGUGGAGCAUGUUCCUCUGGAGUACAAAGCAAGGCGCCUGGAUCCUCGCAACAUUGUUAAUUGUCGGGCUCAGCGCCUACGGGCUGUACGGCAGCUUCUAG